AUGAUCAUCUUCUGUACAGGUGGCUACUGUGGCAUGUUGCCAAAAACAGGGUCUAUUGUAGCUGGUAUCUACAUGAUUCUAAUGACCAAUAUGUAUAUUAUCUUUGAAACGGCUCACCUGGAUCGAGCAAAGAAGAAUCUACACAUUGCCAAGGAUCUGAUCAUAUAUUACUAUUAUACAGCACUUCUCCUGGCUUGUCUAACUUAUCCUGCAUGUUUCCUACUCAUCUAUUCUGUUUGGUAUAGAAAAACAGAGGGUAUGAUAGCCUACAUUGUUUGGAUAAUAUUGUAUGACCUAGCCAACUUCACUAUUCUAAUCUUGACUUUCUUUGCUGCACGUUAUAUCCCCUUUUCUGUUCAUCCUUUGGAAUGGUUUGGGCUGGCCUGUCGGUUGCCUGUGGACUGCUUUUGGCUUUCCUAUGUUGUAAUUUAUACUCUGAUGAUUCUUGAAAGCAGAAGCAAAGGGCGGAUGUCACUGAAAAUAAGACGAUUGUCUAAACAUGUGCAAGAACCUCCCAAGUAUAGGUUGGGGAUGUGCAGGAAAAUCCAGUGA